UUUUUAACAAAAUCAUUUGGUUUACAAACUGAAGGUCUCAGAAGCAAAGACUAGCACUCCUCAAGAUCUCACGAUGGACAACUCGAAGCCUGAUACGGAACAAAAGUCCCCUUAUCGAGGGGGCGUCACUCCUGGGCAAGCCAAGCCGCUGUCCAUUGGCCCCAUGGUCCCCGUGACAGACGUCCUCCCAACCCAAUGGCUUUCUCCACUGGAGGCAUCACCUCCUCGCCCUGGGCCGGGCCCUGCCCACCCUAUUCCUCCUGGUUGAGAUGGGCACAGCCAAGAGCAUCCCAGUCACUCCAGCGCGGCCUCCGCUGCACAACAAGCAUCUGGCCCGAGUGGCGGACCCCCGUUCACCUACUGCCGGCAUCCUGCGCACUCCUAUCCAGGUGGAGAGCUCUCCACAGCCAAACCUACCAGCAGGGGAGCAGCUGGAGGGUGCUGAUGAGGCCCAGGACUCAGAUCCCCGCUCUCCUACCCUUGGCAUUGCACGGACACCUAUGAAGACCAGCAGCGGAGAGCCCCCAAGUCCACUGGUGAAACAGCUGAGUGAAGUAUUUGAGACCGAAGCCCCCAAAUCGAAUCUUUCCCCAGAGCCUAUGCUGACCUCAGAGGCACCUUCAACUUCUGAAUUGGACUUGCCCCUGGGCACCCAGUUUUCCCUUGAGGACCAGGUGCCACCUGGGAGCCAAACUGAGCUCCCCUCCCAGCAGGUGUUUUCCAAGGAGGAAACAGGACAGCCCUCAGAAACCGCUACGGCCAGCCAUGUCUCAGACAAGCCCUUGAGAGACCCUGAGACUCCCCGAUCUUCAGGUUCUAAGCGCAACAGACGGAAACCAAACGGCAAAGUACUAGGGAGAUCUCCCCUCACCAUCCUGCAGGAUGACAACUCUCCUGGGACUCUGACACCACGACAGGGUAAGUGGCCUUCUCCCCUGAGUGAAAAUGUUAGGGAACUAAAGGAAGGGGCCAUUCUGGGAACUGGACGACUUCUGAAAACUGGAGGACGAGCAUGGGAGCAAGGCCAGGACCAUGACAAGGAAAAUCAGCACUUUCCCUUGGUAGAGAACUAGGCCAUGCAUGGCCCCAGCACUGGGUUCCCCAGGGGCCUAGUGACAAUCACUACUCUCACUCCUUCUGUCCCUGGGAGACUGGACACGUUUGUUUUCUUCAAUUCCCCCUAAACUACCAACUCUGGGACUGAGAGCUUUUUUGGGCUUUGUUUGUGUCUUAUGUGUGUCUUGUAAAUUAAAGGAAGUAGUUUUAAA